GGCCAGCUGUAGAGCGCGCGGGUGUGUGUACGUGCGUGUGCGUGCUCCCCCACCACUCCCGCCCCCUCCACGCGCGGAGAGAGAGAGAGAGAGAGAGAGAGAGAGAGAGAGAGAGAGAAAACAUCAUUCCCAGAUACGGAGCGCACGCGGAGCGAUGGCUGCAGCGGCGGCGGAUGCUGUUUACGACGCAGCGCACGAGAGCAGCUCAGCCCCGGGACCGACCAGCACCGCGCGCCCCCGCUUCGUCAACGCACAACCGUUUAACGUCUGAAGCCCCCCCCCCCCCCCCCCCCCCUCAGCGAGGCGUCUGGGUACGCAAAGCCCGGUUUGACGUCUCCUUUCCUUCGGCGAGGACCUCCGGAGCUUGUUGUGGAGCCGCAGGAGACCCGCCUCCAGCCGAGCCGCCGUUCAUCCCCGUUCCUCUGGAAUCUCAUCUCGGCCCGGUCCAGCCUCCCGGUCCCGUCUCCAUCCGGGGGGGGAACCCGAGAGCAUCCCUCCGUCCCACCCACCCUUCCUCUCUCUCUCCCCACUUCCUCUCACUUUCCGCCUCUCGUAUGCCAGAGCUCUAGGGGGGUCUCAUCCAGUCAGGGAGCCAGGAGGGGAGGAGGGAGGCUGUUCGUGGCCGCGGUAGACGCACCCUCCGCGGGGAGAGGCUGGGCUCAAGCGCCGCUGUGUCGAAGGAUGCUGCGGGACUAGAGCGACUCAGAGAGGAAGAUGGGGAAGGACCAGGAACUGCUGCAGGCGGUGAAGACCGAGGACCUGCUCACCGUGCAGAAGCUGCUGCAAAGGCCCAGGCCAGGGAAAGCUAAGCUCCUCGGUUCAGCAAAGAAAGUGAAUGUCAACUUCCAGGAUACAGAUGGGUUUUCUCCACUGCAUCAUGCGGCCCUUAAUGGCAACCUGGAGCUCAUCUCUCUGCUGCUGGAGUCACAGGCUGCUGUGGACAUCAGAGACCAGAAAGGUAUGCGGCCGCUGCAUUAUGCCGCCUGGCAGGGGAAGGCGGAGCCUAUGAAGAUGCUGCUGAAAUCAGGUUCGUCUGUCAACGGCCAAUCAGAUGAAGGACAAAUUCCUCUCCACCUAUCAGCCCAGCACGGCCAUUACGAUGUGUCCGAGAUGCUUCUGCAGCAUCAGUCCAACCCGUGCAUCGUGGACAACGCAGGGAAAACACCUCUGGAUCUGGCCUGCGAGUUUGGAAGAGUUGGGGUGGUCCAGUUGUUGCUGUCUAGUAAUAUGUGUGCUGCUUUGCUGGAGCCCAAAAAAGGAGACACCACCGACCCCAAUGGGACGUCUCCACUGCACCUGGCUGCAAAGAACGGACAUAUAGACAUCAUCAGGCUGCUGAUCCAGGCCGGCAUCGACAUCAACAGGCAGACCAAAGCGGGCACUGCCCUGCAUGAAGCUGCCCUCUGUGGGAAGACCGAGGCAGUGAGACUCCUGCUGGAGAGUGGAAUCAAUGCUACAGUGAGAAACACUUACAGUCAGACUGCGCUGGACAUCGUCUACCAGUUCACUGCAACGCAAGCCAGCAGAGAGAUCAAACAGCUGCUGAGGGAUGCAUCAGCAGCCCUGCAGGUUCGAGCUCUGAAAGAUUACUGCAACAACUACGACCUGACCAGCCUCAACAUCAAAGCAGGAGAUGUUAUUACGGUUUUGGAGCAGCACCCUGACGGACGCUGGAAAGGCUGCAUCCAUGACAACCGGACAGGAAACGACCGGGUGGGCUACUUUCCAUCCACCAUGGUAGAGGUCAUCAGCAAGCGCACAGGUUUGGCCAGCACAGUCAUUUGCACUCAACAGUUUCAAAAGAUACCGCUGGUUCCCCCGGCGACGGUUGCCCCUGCCAACGCGGUAGUCAACGGCAACGACACCACGUUCCAUCAGAUCCAUAUCCUGCCUCCACCGCCUCCUCCUCCACCACAUUCCCAUCAGCCACUGCUUCCACUUUUCACUUCCUUUGGCUAUAACAGGUCGCCCGUGACAACCCCACAGGGAGACACACCCACUGCCCCAGGUUGUCGCGGCUCUGAGGCAAGUCCUCACAGUUCUCCCACCCCAUCCAGCGGGCCCCAUGGAGGCUCCAACGAAGAGAUCUGGGUACUGCGCAAACCCGUGGCAGGUGGAGACCGCAGCAGUGUGGGUAGUUCGGGCAGUGUGACCAGUGUAAGGUCGUCGGGCAGCGGUCAGAGUGCCGGCAGUGCUGCACACAUCCUUCACGCACAGGCUGAGGGGGUUAAGCUUCUAGCCACAGUCUUGUCCCAGUCUGCCAAAGCCAAGGAGCAUCUACUGGAGCAGUCCAAGUCUGUGGACCAGCCUCCAGGCUCUGUCAGCUCCUCUCGGACAUCGAGCCAAUCGGGAUGUCCACUCCACGAGGCGCCGCCUUACGACGCCACGGCAACCAGGAAGGGGGAGGGUCCGGGCGAGGGGAAGAGCUCAGAGGCCGUUGUCCAAUGGCUGAGCGACUUUCAGCUGCAGGUCUACGCUCCAAACUUCCUGGGCGCUGGGUAUGACUUGCCCACCAUUAGCCGAAUGACCCCGGAGGAUCUGACUGCUAUAGGAAUAACUAAACCUGGCCACAGAAAGAAGAUGACAUCAGAGAUUAACAAGCUAAGUGUCACCGAGUGGCUGCCUGAGCAGAAACCUGCCAAUCUAGGAGAGUGGCUGUCUGCUAUCGGUCUAAGUCAGUACCACCAGGUGUUAGUACAGAACGGUUACGAAAACAUCGACUUCAUCACCGACAUCACCUGGGAGGACUUGCAGGAAAUCGGCAUCACCAAACUGGGCCACCAAAAGAAGCUAAUGCUAGCGGUGAAACGGCUGGCUGAAAUGCAGCGUGGCUCUGAUGGGCGGGGCUCCCUCCGAAAGAAGCCUCCACCAAUCACACAUCAGCAGGACGUCAUGUCAAUGGACAGCCCGCCGCCAGACGAGAUAAUGUCUCCAAAGAUGAGCACCUUCCAGGACAGCGAGUUGAGCACCGAGCUGCAAAGCGCCAUGACCCAGCCAGGUCAAGAGGUCAAAGCCCAGCGAACACGCAGCCUCAGCAAAGACCACGAUGAGGCGGUGACAGGAGGAGGUGGGCCGCCUAAGAAGGAGGCCCGGACUAUGAGGCAGCAGAGCAGCCAGGGGAGCAGCUCUUCCCACAGGGGCAGCGUGUCUUCUCAAGGCAAACAUCGUCACUCCCAUUCCCACUCCCAGCCGGCGCCUCCCUACACACCCCCUCACACUCCCACCAAGACCAGGACCUCGUCUUCCUCCUCCACUUCCUCCGUCCAGAGCUCGUCUUCCCCCCAGGCCAAGCAGAAGCCCUCCCCGCAGUUCAUCCAAGGGGAGCGACCUCAGUCACCUCGUUCUCACCCUCCUCAGUCUCCCACCCACCGUGGAGCUCCGUGUCAGCUUCAGCCCCAGCAGCAGCAACCUCAAGUCCACCCCCAGCACCAGGGACACCCUCAGCACCAUCCACAACCACAGGAAAUGGAGGUUAGAGAGAGUCAACAACCACAGGUCCCACUCCUCUGUCUCCCACCAGAGGCUGAGCUGGCAGAAGGAGAAGGAGCAGAUCCCUCAGCUCUUCAGAAGAAGCGCGCCCACAGCCUCAACCGGCACGCCAUUUCAGAUGGCGAGUGUGACGAUAGGGCGGGAGGUGGAGGAGGAGGAGGAGGAGGAGGAAGAGGGGGUAACGGAGAAGGACAAGCAGAAAUAGUGGGAGGUCAGAGCACUGCAGUGGUGAGAGGAGAUGGGGUUAAAUACGCCACGGUGACCCACCGUGUCAGCCGCAGCCAAUCCGUCCGUAACCAGGAGAAGAAUGCCAGCCGCAGCCAGACCCAGUCCUUCGCUCUGCGUCAGAAGAAGAAAGGUCCACCCCCGCCACCGCCCAAACGCUCCAGCUCUGCCAUCUCCAGCUCCAACUCCAACCUGACGGAUGCUAACACACAGCAGCUCACGCUCACCACUACAGGGGGGAUGCUGGAUGUGCCUUACCACCAACAACGGCGGGCCAGUGACCUGGGAGUGUCCGGGGAGACACCUGCUGUGGAGACGAACAGCAUGGGCAGCGUACGGAGCAUCGCCGCCAUGUUGGAGAUGUCUUCUAUAGGCGGUGGAGCCAAAGGGAUGGCGCUGCAGAAGAAUUUCCUGCAGGUGGGUAAAACACGUGAAGCCAUUGGUCUGGACGGCGAGGUGGUGAACCGACGGCGAACCAUCAGUGGCCCCGUCAGUGAGCUGGUGGCAGCUGCUAGGCGUGACCAGCCAACUCUCACGGCUUUCCCCUCUCCUGCCACCCAGCCUGAAACUUCGCCUCCUCCUGUAAAUUCCCCCUCACCCCACCCUCCGUCCUCCCCCCAUCCCAGCUCGGGAGGCAGCGGCAGCUCAUCAGAGAACCUGCCAUUCGCAGAGGAUGGAAACCUGACCAUCCGCCGCCAAGGCAGAGGAGAAGGAGAAGGACAGUGUGUAUUUUGUGUUUGCCUGCAGGGUGACGGCGAGGGCCCCCAGGGUGACGGCGAGGGCCCCCAGGGAGACGGCGGUUACACCCAGGAGGACAUCUCCAGGGUCGAGGCUACAGCCACCUUGAAGCGACGGCCCCGCAGUACCAAGCAGCACCCCAACGGCUCCGACUUCACCCUCCAGGAGUCGUCCACCGUCAAACGACGGCCCAAGAGCCGGGACAAGGAGCCCGAGGGCUACUCAGACCUGCCUGCGGCUAACGGGGAACCCGUGGGCGCCGGACAGCCCAACACCACGCAGCCGGUACCCUACCAGAACGGCACAUCCACCGUGAAACGCCGCCCGGUGUCUGACGCUGGAGUGACAGAGCAACCGCAACCUCAACCGCAACAUCAACCUCAAACGCAAGUGACUGCCGCUCCUCGCAGGGACAGCAUGGACCAGGGAGCUCCAGUGGCAAACGAAGGAGGUCCAGUGAGGAAACCAAAGCCUCCAGUGUCCCCGAAACCUGUCGUGGCCCAGAUAAAGAGACAAGGAGGCCCUCAGACUCCUCCACAGCCCGUCUCCAACAAGAGAGUUCCCCUGCCGGGCCCUGGGACGCCAGGAAGUCCAGUGGAAGGAAAGAAGAUCCCUCCUCCAGUGUCGCCCAAACCGGCGCCCCCGCCCACGGCGCCCAAACCGGCCAAACUCAUCCACUCUAUGACCAGCCCGCCCUCUCCGACCCCGGCUCCGACCCCCGCCCCGGCCAAGCAGCACCCCGCGGUACCCCGACAGACCAGCUCGCCCCCUUCCUUCCCUCCCUCCAACACCCCCAGCCCGCCCAACGCCAAGCCGACGAGCCCGUCCUCCCAGAGCCCCCACACCCCGCAGACCCCCACCACGCCGCAGACGCCCCAGACCCCCGCCACUCCCAGCCCCACCCCACCGCCCGUCAAGCCCCCGCGCUCGUCCAUCGGUGGCGUUUCGGUGGACAGCGGGAUGGCGGGUGGAGGGAACGCGGCGCCGCCCACCACAACGCCAGACUUUGGCGUGGAUUCUUUGGUGCAUCAGAAGCUGGAGGAGACGAGCGCGUCACUGGCUGCUGCUCUGCAGGCCGUGGAGGAUAAAAUACUGCGGCAGGAAGACUCCGUGGCUGAGCAGAAGACCACGGUCAGCAUCCUCGACGACAUCGGCAGCAUGUUCGACGACCUGGCCGACCAGCUGGACGCCAUGUUGGAGUAACCACGGCAACCAGUCGGCGUGUCUCCACAGCAACGCAGCUUCAGGAGUGACUCAGACGGCACAAUGGGCAACACGCCUCUCUCUCUCUCUCUCCAUCUCUCGCUCCUUCUCCUCUUCUUUCGCUCUCUCUGCCGUGCUCAUCCCCUCAUCACUCUUCCCCGUCGUCCGUCCGUUCGUCCAUCAGCUCCGGAAAACACUCUUACCCUCCUCCUCUUCCUCUCAUCUCCUGUCGGCGGGGGGAAAGGUGGAAACGAUGAUGGAGCAGGCCUGGACAGACCUGUGGCAGAGAGGGAGAGUAGGAGUGGAGAAUGGAUGACGAGAGGGACACUUAAAGAGAGAGGAGGAGGGGAAAAAACGGACCAAAAACGACUGAUGGGGGGAGAAAAAUAGAAAAAUAAAACAAAUGAAGAAAUGCAACAAAAUGGAGGAGACUGCAAUCAAAACGUGAGUCUUUUAAGAACUCCAAACAAACUAAACUAAUACUGAUUGAAAAACCAACUGUGUACUGAAUCAUAGUAUGGUAUGUGUACAUUCUAAGCAUGGAGAGUUUAUAUCUACUGAAAAAGUCCUGCAUUAGCACAGUAAUAUAUAAUAUACCGAUAAAUAUGAAUCUCUAGCUCUUUGGUUUGAUGUCUUGGUUCUGUGUGGAAUGGUGACCUCUGGUGUUGUGACGAUGUAAAUGACUUGGUGGAAAAAUUUUUAUCUGUGACCAAAACGAGACUAUUCAGCUCCUGAGGUGUGUGUGUGUGUGUGUGUGUGUGUGUGUGUGUGUGUGUGUGUGUGUGUGUGUGUGUGUGUGUGUGUGUGUGUGUGUGUGUGUGUGUGUGUGUGUGUGUGUGUGUGUGUGAGACAGAUGUGUGUGGAAAUUCAGGAUGGAGUUUAGUUUCCUAUCCCGGCUGCGUCUCUUUCACAUCCUCAUCAUCAUCCACCCUGUACAUGCACUCACCCACAUGCACACACACAGGAGAAGCACAAUGACCCAUGCAACUGGCUUGCACACACACACACACACACACACACACACACACACACACACACACAUAUACACAAAAACACACAUGGGAGCCUGCACAAUAUAACUAAAGAUGAGAGAGGAGGGGAGGGAAGGAGUUGAGGGAAGCUACAGCAGGUUGUCUUGAGGAUAAAGCAGGUAGAAGGUGCAGUUAAAGGGGUGAUGGCUACAGGGUUUAAAGGAGGUAAAGGCAGAAGACGACAGAGUUAAAGUCAGAUUGAGCUCCUAAUUCUCCUAGUUCAAGCACCACAGUCAGGGCCAACAGGAAGUAAGCUACAUCUAAGCGCUACCAGUUUCCAAAAACAUCAAGAAUCCCAAUCUGUUUCAUUUUUGAAGUUUUUUUUUUUGGUUUUGUUGACAGGACAGCAGUGAGAUAGAGACAGGAAAGUGGGGAGAACAAUGGCUGCUGUUUAUGGGUCACCAACUCAACCUGUUGAGCUACCAGGGCCCCCCCGUUUCAUUUUUAAAACAUCUUUUCUCUCCCAAUACUACAGCUUUUACCUAACCUUUGGGUACAGGUUGAUAGAGAUCACCAGUCUCGCACCACUGUUUUCUUUUUCUGAAGUUCUAAAUACAUGCAGCACCAGUAUAAGCUAUCCAGAGUCCCUACAUGUUAUUGUCUUACAACACUGAACAGAUCUGUUUUUUGAUGCUGAUCAACAGAAAAAGAAAGGGAAAAACCACACGUCUAAAAAGUCAUCUUAAUUAAUUACAUUGCCACAGUUCAGUAGAUUGAUUGCUAUCCCAUUCUUUUUGGCAAAACUGCUCAACCCUUGAUGGGGAUUUUCAAGUCUUGACACAAAUUAAUAUUCGGGCUGUAGGGAAUCAGACUAAAUGUUGCUUGACUGCCUGAUCUCCAACCACAGAUUGGGUGGAAAAACAUCUCCAUCUUGUCCGUAGAUGACCUAAACUGGCCAUCUACAGUUUGGGUCAUCACACUACAUCGUGGCAUCUGACCAAUCAGCAGACACCUGGAACGGAUCAAAAUUUGUCUUUUCUCUGAAGCUGGAAAAAGACGGACUUGUGUCUCGGUCCUCUUCCGUAUUUGCGGUCGAAACGUCAAAACUAACCAUGAUUAGUUGAUGAAACUCACACAUUUUACGGUUGAGUGGCUGCACUAAGUGAUGAUAUAUAUAUUUCUUGGAAUGUUUUUUACCACUAACAGGCAAGGAACUAUAUAUGGUAACUUCACUGACCUUGAAUUUCAACAUGAAUAUUACAAAUUUUGAAAAAUGUCACCAAAAUCUUGUCAUGUCCUCCAAUAACACUCUACAUUUUGAAUUUCAAAGGCUAUUUUUCUGUUGAUCAAACCCACAUUAAAGCUACUUUUAUUCAAUGUGCUGGACAAUAAAACAAAGGGGUGGUGCUUACUGCUUCUUUACUCCAUGAAACUUGCCGGGAUCCUUUAAAUGUGAGCUAACAGAAGGUCAGACAUUGUGCUACAGCUGAGUCAGCAGGCUGCCUUCAGUCAAUGAAUGUAACCGAUAGCAGAGGCAGGGAAUUCUAUGCCAACAGUCGGGUUUAAUUCACCUCCAGAUGACAGUAGAUCCAGUUAAUAAGGUCAGUAUCAGCCCCAAUGUUGUGUCCCUGCUUUCUAGAUCCUUUAUUGUUUAGAUAAGAAGGAAAUUCCGAUACACUCCCUGACAAUUCAACACACAAACCCCUCUAUCUCUCUCGUCCCACACGCUCCCAACCACCCACCCCGUGUUGCCAUGACAAUCUACACCAUCCCCAUUCUCAUCGGCAUCGCCAUGGUUACUACUCAGCGUGUUGUCACGACACCAUGUACAUGGGAUGAAAAAAGAAAGAAGCGUUGGGAUGGAGCGAGCAGCGGUGGAGCGCUAACGGUUGGAUUCAGUGCAACAUUCAGCUCCGAUCGGCGCGAUUCUCCAGUAUUUCAUUAAAAAAUAGGUUUCACACAGUCCCAUAGCAGCCACUCUUUACAUAAACGAAUAAGAUUUCAGAGAAUAGUUGUGGUAUUUAAAUUAUGAUCACAUAGAGAUUAUAUAUAUGGAUAUUUGCAAAAAAAAUAAGAAGAAGAAGUGUAUUUAUGAUGUGUGUCAUCCUGAAGACUAUUUUUCAAAGUGAACAGAUCUAAUCUGAGUGUCGAAUCCGUUUGCUUCUCCAUGCUUCAGUGGUCCGAGCUGACGAAUCAUUGUAGGAUACCAUGUUGGGAUAAUUCCAGGAAGUGUUCUUUUUAUGAUUAUUAUUUUCUAUUUGUUUUCUCUGCCUACAUGUGUACAAGUGUCCAGGUGUGGCAAUGUGUAUAAUACCAACGAUUCCUGUUGUUCGGUUUUAUUAUUUUUUGUAUUGUUUUCAAUGUUUUUCUUUGAAACAUGUGCCUUGCUUUGUGAUUUUUGGUCUGACUACAAUACAAUAGAUGGGUAUGUACUAUAUAAGGGCAUCUCUCUCUUUUUCCAUUUUGCUAUGUUACUUCAUAUAUCGGUAUGAAAAUGAUGCUGCCGUCCCCAUGAGAUGUGAGAAAACCCAUUUAAAUCAGAGUGUGACUGAACGAUUAGCAUCAGACUUAUUCCAAUGAAACAGCUACUUCACCUAAUGCGUUCACAUGCUUCCAUAACCAACGUUAGCUGCUUCUUUUCAGGUGCUAAUUUGGACUAUUUAAGGAGUAAUUUGGGGAAAUGUGCUUUUUCAGCUUUCUGGCCCAGAGUUGGACAAGAUCGAUACCACUAUCAUGGUUGUACGCUAAAUAUAGAACCUUUUCCAUCGCAGGAACUUGUGGGCAUUUUAGGGCAACCUGAACCUUUGUGUGUGUUCUUUUCAGGAAAGAAAACAACACGUUAGAGGGUAGUAACAUCUGAGUGGCCCUGAAAAACUGCUUUGUUGGUGUCGCCACCGAUUGCUUAAAUUCGAACACAAAAACAUGCGUCUUUUUGUCCGUGUCUGAUUGAGAAGUAGUCAUUUCCUCUUAAAUAUCACCACCUUUAAAUUUACCAAAUAGGCCAAAAUAAGAAACCCUCUGGAGUUAAAUCCAGGAACCACUGUUUGUCUUGUUUAGCACGGUUGAAGCUGUUGAUCUGACAGUGGAAACAGAAUGCUUGAAGAUCCGAAUAUGGCGUCCUUUGUGUGGAACAUCUGCACCUCUUCACAGCUGUCUAAGUUCUUGCAGUGGAACACCACUGUUUUCCACUGCAGGAACUUGUGAUCUGUUUUAGGCCAACUCAAACCUUUCAGAGUGUUCCAGCCCCAGGUACGACCUCAAUAGAACCUCUUUCAGGGCUUUUUUUUUUGGAGGGGAUGUCAGUCUUCUACUGUCUACCAUUACCAUCAACAAUGUAAAGUUCACCACAUAGGCCAGACAAUAAUCAUAAGGGGGGAAAUUUAAAGACAGUAGUCAACAUUACAAAAGUAACUUCAAUGUAAAAAUGCAUCUUAAAAGAGCAUUUCCUAUUUCAGUUACAGAAAUAUUGCACAAAUAUUGACCAAACAGUCAAAAAUGAACACUGUUAAACUCUUUGAUGCACAGUUUGGGCCAGGAGAUACCCAUUUUCCAUUGGAUUUGGGUCACUUUUGACCCAUGGUGCGCAUCAAAGGGUUGGAGUUAUCCCUCAACCCAAAUUCUUCCUCAUCUAACCCACAGAAAACCUACCCAGGAAUUAGUCUGAUUCUUAGACCCUAUGAGGAUUUACUACUCCAUCUUCAUUCCAGAUCUGGACCAGAAACGCCACCGAACCUUUGCUCUAAACCUGCACUGUUUGAAGCCUAUGGAUGAACUUAUUCUGCACAAUGCAAGAACACAAAAAUACAGAAAGGCACAUUCACUAACAUUCAAUGUAAAAAAAAAAAAGUCUUCUUGCUUAUAAAGCUGGAGUUCCAUUUGACGUUUUGGUGCUAAUAUUGCUGGCAAAGUUGUUGGAUCCUCCUCACAGAAAGGCUGAAUGGGCAGACUAGGUUAGGUUUCUGCAAACGUUUGCACCACAUUUCGUCAGCCCCGAGUUUCUGCAGUGGAAAGUCGCCAACAGCAGCUGAUCUUACCUUAGCCUGGUGUAAAGACUAAAGCCCAAGUAGAAAACGUAUCUAGUUUGCUAAUUAGCAUCUUGCUUUGUCUAAUUUGUCUAACUAACCGUCCGACAGAGCCAGGCUAGCUGUUUCCAGUCCAGUUCAAGAUUUGAACUCAGAUCAAUAAUUUGGUCGAAUUAUUGAAAUUAAAGUUCAUGUAAUGUUUUAUGUGUUCAGUAUUUUUGAUUUUGUGCACGACUUCCUGUCUUCAUGAGUGGUAUCGAUCUUCUCCGCUAAUCUUAAGCAAGAAACUGAUUAAACACAUUUCUGAGCACAUUAAAGUGACUAACAUGUCCUGUCCAGAUGCAGUCUGUACUCUUGUAUAGCAACACAUUUGUCAACAAUCUGGUUUCAAAUUGUCCUUAACUAGAUAUUUAGCUCAUUUUUAGUCUUCUGACCGCUAAGGUUGUCCUGUACCGCGUGCAGCUUACAGCUUUUUAAUCUCAUCACGUCAAAGCAACAUUUCUGCCUUUUCCCCUCCCUCCUCGGGUCUCCUUUUGGUCAUCUCAUGUCGUCGGCAUUAUUUUGAAGUGUGUUCGGGUGAUCGGGGGUUUGGGGGUCAGGACACGAAGAUGAAAUACCGCAGACGGUGAAGAAACACAGAUGGUCAAAACGUGUUGUGGAGCAAAAGUACUGUUCAUUUCUUAUUUCUUAAAAGAUAAAGCCAAGCUGUUUUUAUUUGGAGCUGUUUUGAUUUGAUUUUCCGCCUGUGCUUAUCUGAACAGACGCCUGACCGGUGUCUCCUCUGCUCUGCAGCGACUGUAUGCGAGUGCUUGAGAGAGGCCAAAGUGUGUUACGUGUUGCUCUGCUAUUGACUGUAUGAAAUCUGUGUGUGAGUGUGAGAGAGUGAGUGUGUGUUGUAGUGACUGGACAGUGGUGUGCUUGCAGUGACUGCAUCUUAUGGCCAUCUGCUCUGAAUAAAUAAAUGUUCUAUACAAACUUAA